AUGGCUGCUGGUCCUCCGCUGUCGCCGACUCGCCGCCACCGUCCUGCUCGUCCUCGACUGGAACCCCUCCCCGCCGGCCACCCCAAGUCCCCAAGGAUGUCGACAGAACAAGGUAUUUCUGCACCAGAUGCAACAAGAACUGAGGCAACUAAUCUCCUGAAAAGGAACUCGGAUGAUGUUGGAUGGGAAUAUGGUGUUCUUGUUGAUGCUAGCAACAAGGACAAGGUGAAGUGCAAGCUCCGUGACAAGGAGAUGAGAGGAGGGAUUCAUAGGUUGAAAGAGCAUUUGGCUCAUAAAGGAAAGAAUGUAAAGAAAUGCACAGCAAGAACACCACAGGCUAUGGAGGCUAAAGAGAAGUGCAAGAAGGCACUAGCUGAUGCAAAAAGGAAGGAGGAGAAGACUGUUCAUGAGCUAGAAAUUAGAGAGGAAGUUCAUGUAUCUAGGGUUGGAACAGAUUCAGAUGAAGUCACCUGUGUUGGAAGUUCAGAGCCCCACAAAUUAGGACCCAUUGACAAAUGGACACGUGCUAUUGAUCCUAAAGCUACCAAGUCUGAUUCUUUGAAGCAAUAG